AACCCUUGAUGCCUCUCUUUUCUGUGAGCGCGGCAAUAUUUCUUGAUCCGUGGCGACUGAUCGCUGUAGCGCGGCGCUGCGAUCCUACAUGCGCGCCGAGCGAUCGCCAAGGUGAGGGCAAUGCUAGCAAGAAGGUAGAGCAAGGAGAGAGGAGGAUCGAGGCCUGACAGGGUAUGGCUCUCUGGAACUGGUCGACGCUCGAGUCAUUGCUAGCGUCUAGUAGCGGAUUUGCAUCGUCUUGCUCGACCGUGACGAAUGGGAAGGUCGCCGAUUCUUCCGUGUCGUUUGUCACGCACCAGCCGGCGUUUGGGAGCAUCAGGUCGAGGAAGGAGAGAAAGAAAUCCCAGCGCGCUCAUUCUUCGCCAAACUGGAGGUCCAAGCGGAUUUUUUCCUUUGGAACCAAUGACACCAUCCUCCAAAACGAUCUCCUUUCUGGAGAUAUACCGGACUUGAAGAUGCUACUGCAGAGCAAGCAGGUUCUUCAGAAGGAAGAUCUGCCCCCUAUCACGAUCAUCGAUCCGUCCACGACUGCCACAGGUAAAGUGAGCGAUCUAGUUCCACCAUCUUCCGAGGGAACAAAGGAUGACAAAGGCCAUCAAAUUCAAGCCGGCACCAGGAAAUCCAAGCAACAGGCUCGAAAGACAUAUAACAUUGUCUUUGUUGCUGCCGAAGUCGCUCCUUACUCGAAGGUUGGCGGUUUGAGUGAUGUCUGCGGUUCACUGCCUGUGGUACUUGCUGCUCGUGGCCAUCGGGUUAUGGUGGUUUCUCCCCGUUAUAUGAAUGGUGUGACGGAUCAUAGAUACUCUGGGGCUUACGAUGCUCAGUGUCGUAUCAGGAUUGGCUGCUUCAGCGGACAGCAUGAAGUUGCGUUCUUUCACGAGUACAAAGACGGUGUUGACUGGGUCUUUGUCGACCAUUGUUGCUAUCACAGACCAGGGAAUCCAUACGGCGAUGGUCGUGGUGCUUUCGGAGACAACCAGUUUCGGUACACGCUACUUUGCUAUGCCGCGUGUGAAGCUCCUCUUGUUCUUCCGUUGGGAGGCUACAUCUACGGAGACAACUGCAUUUUUCUUGCAAACGAUUGGCAUGCAAGCCUUGUGCCAGUUCUGCUAGCUGCUAAAUAUCGUCGUCACGGGGUGUAUCUAGGAGCUCGUUCGAUAGUGGUUAUUCACAACAUUACUCAUCAGGGAUGUGAACCAGGGACGACGUACGCUCAACUCGGACUUCCUCCUGAAUGGUAUGGAGCUCUGGAGUGGGUUUUCCCAACCUGGGCCAGAAAGCAUGCCUUUGACAAGGGGGAAGCUGUAAAUCAUCUAAAAGGUGGACUUGUGACAGCUGAUCGGAUUGUCACCGUUAGCGAGGGUUAUGCCUGGGAAAUAACCACGUCUGAAGGAGGAUAUGGUCUUGAUGGGCUAUUACGUAGUCGAAAAAUUGUCAUUAGCGGUAUCACCAACGGCAUUAACAUGGCGGAAUGGGAUCCUAUUUGUGACAAACAAAUCGCUGCUCACUACUCCUUUCAAAAUCUUUCUGGAAAGGCUGCGUGCAAAGCAAGCUUUCAGAAGGAACUGGGCCUGGCCGUUCGUCCCGAUGUUCCUCUUAUUGGAUUCAUUGGCCGGCUUGACUUUCAAAAAGGUCCUGAUCUUCUACAAGCAGCUCUACCAGCAUUGAUGACAGACGAUAUACAAAUGGUAAUGCUUGGUUCUGGCGAUGCUGCCAUGGAGUCGUGGAUGCGAUGGGCCGAGUCGCAUUACAGGGACAAGUUUCGAGGCUGGGUUGGCUUCAAUGUACCUCUUACUCAUCGCCUUAUCGCGGGGUGCGACAUCCUUGUGAUGCCUUCAAGAUUUGAGCCGUGUGGAUUGACUCAACUCUAUGCCAUGAGAUAUGGCACGAUACCUGUUGUGCAUUGUACUGGCGGGCUGCGAGAUACUGUGGAAGACUUCCAUCCGUUUGCAAACAAUGGCCAAGGUGCUGGGACGGGCUGGACGUUCUAUCCUUGCACAAAGGACGCAAUGCUGGGGGUUUUGUGGACGGCCAUUGGUACAUACCGGCACCACAAAGAUUCAUGGAAGAGCAUAAUGCGCAGAGCUAUGUCUCAAGACUACUCUUGGGAUCGAGCAGCGGCGAAGUACGAGCAGCUGUUCGAAUGGGCUACGAUAGAUAGGCCAUACACAUCGUAGAGGCUGUGGC